AUGGACGAAUCUCUUCCGCGGGCUAGCGGAUGUGCAAAUAUGAUGGAACAAAUCACAGGAAUGGCACAGCUAACAAAUUCAGUGAAAAUGAGGAGGAACACUGCACACAGGGAACCACAGGCGGAUCCAUUCACCAUGGACGGCAGUGGUACAGCCUCUUUGUUGUCUAUACGUCGUCUCGCCACAACACGUAAAAAGAUUGAGUAUAUCAAACAAAUAAGAAUAUGUGCCAAAAUUGGCAAUAGAAUUAACAGAAACAAUGGCACCCAAGAUUCCACCAGCUCCUCCUGUUCUCGGUUAACAUAG